AUUCUUUCUGUGUUUUAUCUGUCUUCCCAAAAUUUUGUAUAAACUGUGUGUAAGCCAGCUGUUAGCUCUCUAGCUAAAUGUUUACUUAGCAGAGCAGGUGCAACGGUCGCUAGUUAGCUACCUAUCCUUCUCUAGUUUGACAAUCAAGGGGCGUUGCUUGACAGCAGAUUGUAGCGACAGUUUUAUUUCAGUUUAAUCUCUAGCAAGGUGGCUGACCUCCUAACAAACAUGUCGAUGUCGGGCUCGAGUUGUUCUCUUAACGGACUGACAAUGAUAACAUUGAAAUGGUGAAGUGAAAGCGGAGAAAUGAGUAAAUCCAAAAUGACGACAGAGAAAGGAAUCCCCAGUAACUCCAGGGUGUCGAUCCUGCUGGGUCAGCUGGAGAAGAUCAAUGGCGAGGAAGCGGUCGGCGAUGUGAAGUUCGCCCGACACAUCACAGCCAAAAUCCUGCACCUCCUUCAGACACAAGAGAAAAUCAGGAAAGAGAUCAUGGCCAAAGGUUCAAGUGGGAUGGAGGUCAUCCUCUCUUCGUUAGAGAGCACAAGGGACCCACAGACAGUGCUGAAUAUUCUGUACAUUCUUAAUGAGCUGGUGUCAGCAGGCAGCGGGCACAGGGUGGGGGUGCUGGUUUCAAAGGGGGGGACGGCAAUUCUGCUGCAACUGUUGAUAAGCGCCAGUAAGGAGGCCCCGCCCAGUGAUGAGCUCAUGCUGCAGCUGCACUCCAUUCUGGCCAAAGUUGGACCAAAAGAUAAGAAGUUUGGCAUCAAAGCGCGGAUCCAUGGGGCUCUGAACAUCACUGUGAACCUGCUGAAGCAAAACCUGCAGAACCACAAACUCCUGCUGCCCUGCCUGCAAGUGCUGCGCGCCUACUCUGCCAACUCUGUUAACGCUGUCUCCCUGGGGAAGAAUGGCGUCAUCGAUGUACUGUUCAAAAUCAUCUGCCCCUACAGUAAGAAGAGCAGCAGUCUACUGAAAGUGUCCCUGGACACAGUGGCAGCUUUGCUGAAGUCGAAGACCAACGCGCGGCGUGCGGUGGACCGGGCGUACGUGCCCGUGCUGCUCGCCCUCUACCAGGACUGGCACCGCAACGACACACGGCACAGGCACAUGCUCAUACGCAAGGGCAUUCUGGGAUGCGUCAGGAACAUCACCAACAUCAAAGUGGGCAGGAAGGCCUUCGUCGACGCCCAUGGAAUGAGAAUUCUCUACAGCACGUCUACUGAGUGCCUCCCCGUGCGGACAUUGGAUUCCCUAGUGAACACCUCCAGCCUCAUCAUGCGCAAGUGUUUCCCCAAAAACCGCCUGCCUCUGACCACCAUCAAGUGCGUCUUCCAGCACCCCCUGCCUCACCUGCCCCCUGGGGGGCCCGUCGCAGAAAUGUACAGCCAGUCGUCUGAUGUGGACGACGUGCUGGACGAGAGUGACGAGAACGAGGACACGGAGAACGAAGAGGACGAGAAAGACCGGAACUCUCCGAAUGACGACAUCGAGACCGACAUCAGUAAACUCCGCCCCAAGCAGAGCCUGACCCGGCCCCUGCAGGAGCUGAAGAUGUACGAGCGCUUCUUUCCAGAACUUUCUGAAGAUUUUCAGAAAUAUUUUGAUGACUGCGAGGACACAAAGCCGACACCCCCGGCUCUGAAAUCUGUCGGCCCAAUCAUCGUCCCCACGGCACAGGUGCCGGCCCAGCCCCUCCUCGGCUCGGCCCACGGGGAGGAGCCCGGGGACCCGCCCCUGCAUUUGGACAGCAUCGGCAUCGACCACAGGCCCCGCCCAGACCAGGAGCUGGCGCAGGACCUGGAGCGCGUGACGCUGGGGGCGUCGGACUCGCCGCCGCCGCAGGCCUACGAGCGGGAGGACAACCUCCGGCGCGUCUACGAGCGCGAGUGCGAGGACGACUGCAGCUCGCUGUCCUCGGGGGAGCAGGUGUGCCUGGAGGUGCCCGACACGGCCGCCAUGUUGCCGCUGCACGACCCCGAGCUGUACAUCCACAUGGAGAAGACCACCCGCUCCGUCCCGCGCUACAGCGAGGUGGCCUACCCCGACUACUUCGGACACGUCCCCCCGCCCGUCCCUGAGCACGUCCUGGAGAGGGUGCACGGCGUUCAGAGGAUGAAGAUCUUCCAGGACAUCGAGCGGCUCAUCCACCCGGCUGACAUCCUGGAGAAAGUGGUCUACGACCUCGACCUGCACCUGCACAGGUCUCCGGUGAUCAGCGAUGGAGAGGCUCUGAAAUUCAACUCCCAGUUUGAGUCCGGAAACCUGAGGAAGGUGGUCCAAGUGAGGAAGCUUGAGUAUGACCUCAUCCUGAACCCUGACAUCAACAGUAACCAUUACCACCAGUGGUUUUACUUUGAAGUGAGCGGCAUGCGCGUUGGCACCCCCUAUCGCUUCAACAUCAUAAACUGUGAGAAAUCCAACAGCCAGUUCAACUAUGGUAUGCAGGUGCUGAUGUAUUCUGUUCAGGAAGCUAUUCGGGGCCAGCCCCACUGGGUCCGCACCGGGGCAGAUAUCUGCUAUUACAAGAAUCACUUCUCCCGGAGCUCUAUGGCAGCGGGAGGGCAGAAGGGAAAGUCGUACUACACCCUGACUUUCACCAUCACCUUCCACCACAAGGACGACGUCUGCUACUUUGCCUACCACUACCCCUACACCUACUCCACCCUCAAGAUGCACCUGCUGAAGCUGGAGGCCCAGCGCACAGAGCAGAUCUACCUGCACCAGGACGUCCUGUGUGAGACUCUGGGGGGCAACGGCUGCCCCGUCCUCACCAUCACCGCCAUGCCUCAGUCCGCCGCGCCCGAACACGUCUGCCAGCUCAGGAACAGGCCGUACGUGUUCCUGACGGCGCGGGUGCACCCUGGCGAGACCAACGCUAGCUGGGUGAUGAAGGGAACGCUGGAGUUCCUCAUGAGCUGCACCGCUGCAGCGCAGAGCCUCAGAGAGGCCUUCAUCUUCAAGAUCGUCCCCAUGCUGAACCCUGACGGAGUCAUCAACGGCAAUCACCGUUGUUCUCUGAGUGGGGAGGACCUGAAUCGCCAGUGGCUGAAGCCCAACGCCGAGCUGCACCCCACAAUCUACCACACCAAGGGGCUGCUGCAGUACCUCUCUGCCAUACAGAGGGCGCCGCUGGUGUUCUGUGAUUAUCACGGUCACUCGCGUAAGAAGAACGUCUUCAUGUACGGCUGCAGCUUGAAGGAGACGGUGUGGCAGACCAGCAGCAGCAGCACCACUUCCUGUGACCUGCAGGAAGACCUGGGGUAUAGGACUCUACCGAAGAUCCUAAGCCAGGUGGCUCCAGCCUUCAGCAUGUCCAGCUGCAGUUUCGUGGUGGAGAAGUCGAAGGAGUCCACGGCUCGGGUGGUGGUGUGGAGGGAGAUCGGGGUGCAGAAGAGCUACACCAUGGAGAGCACGCUGUGCGGCUGUGAUCAGGGCAGGUACAAGGGUGUACAGAUAGGCACGCGGGAGCUGGAGGAGAUGGGGGCUCAGUUCUGUGUGGCUCUGCUGCUGCUCAAAGGCAUCACCGCCCCCCUGGAGCUGCCCAGCCCCACACACCUCCUGCACCUGGAGAGCGAUGUCAUCCAGACCACCUGCUGCAAGGCUGCCAGCCCCAGCUGCUGUGUGUUGGAGGAGGACGAGUCCUUCCUGGAAGAGGUGGACUACAGCGCCGAGAGCAACGAGGAGAACGCUGAGGACGACCAUCUCUCUGACCCUGAGGCCGUCCUCACCUGAACCAGGCCUCGCCCUCACCUGUACGAGGCCCCGCCCUUACCUCUGCCGGGCCCCACCCUCACCUGUACGAGGCCCUGCCCUCACCUCUGCCGGGCCCCGCCCUGACCUCUACAAGGCCCCUCCCUCACCUCAGCCUGGCCCCGCCCUCACCUGUACGAGGCCCCGCCCUCACCUGAGCUGGCCUCAUCCGCAGCCAAGCUUGGCCCCUCCCCCAGUGCAUUACAGGAUAUACAAACCACACCUUACCUGCCUUCUUUACAGUACAGUCAGGGCUAAGCUUCACCAAUAAACUGUUGCUUUAACACAGGCUUUGGCGUUUGUGUUUCAGAAGUAAUGCUGAGAAAUGCCCCCUACCCCCCUCACUAAAACACCAAAGCCCCUCUGUAUCCCCAACCUGCUCUGGGGUGUUCAACUGCUGCUGGGUUUUUAGCUGUAGAUAUUAUUCUACAUGUAUGUUUGUAUGGUCGAUGCAUGACUGUUUAAUAUCUUGCUUUUUAAUUUAUUGAUUUUUCUGCAACUUUUUUGUCAAAUAAAAAUGUAUUAUUAAAUGUGAAAUAUGUGGUACUGAGGUUGUAGGGGGAGAACGGAAAAGUGGUCAGAAUCUUGCGCUUGCAAAGAAUGUCAGGAAAUAAAUGUUGGCCAAAAAA